AAUAUUAAAAUAAACAGGCUAAGUGAUAAGCUUGACUUUAAGAAACUUAGGCCCUAUAAAAUCUUAAGAAAAAUUAAGGAUAUUAAUUAUAAACUUGAACUCCCUAAGAAACAGGAAAAACAAGGAAAACUAAUCUUCCUAAUUUUUUAUAUUUUACUACUAGAAAAAGCAUAA